AUGUAUAAAGCUUCAAAAAAACGUAAAGUAGGACCUGUUGGAGAAGAUCUUUCCCAACGUAGAUUAGAUCGAUUCUUCUCUCCGUCAUCAACACCUGCUAACAGUUCUAAUCAGGCUGCUAAUGUUGGCACUGCUACUUUGACAAACUCUUCUUCGUCAUCACCACCAGCAUCAAUUGUUAAAAAUGAGGAUGAUCCGAUGGAUCUUGAUUCACAUCGCUCACCAUCAACAACAACAACAAUAACAAAAGCACCCUUUUUGGGCACUCUGAAAGACCAUCAGCAAACACUAUUACCAACCAUUAGUAUAGUUAACUGUAGUCCUGCCAGAAGAACAGAACUGUCAACAAAAGAUGUUGAUGACAAUUGGAACAUAUUGAAAAUAUUAGUAGUCAAUGUCUUCACUAGUGACCCACAAAUCAGCAAUUCCAGAUUUGAUUUUUGCACAGCUUCUAGGUUGGCGGAAGGCUUGUGUAGAUAUGGCAAAGCAGAACAGUUGUUUCAAAAUUUGAGGAAAGAGACCGAACUGCACGUUAAACGACUAAAAGAAAUGCUUACAAAGACACUUCAAGAACGCGAGCAGCAAGCACAAUCUCAACAUAAAGAUACCACUCUCUUACAAAACUUAUAUUCAAGUUGGACAACUUAUUGUCAGCAUUUAUCUAUGCUACGAAAUGUAUUUAUGGAAUUGGAUCGAACUUAUAUUUUGUCCAGUACGAAAUAUACUUCUAUCAUUCAAUUGGGCAAACAAAUUUAUAGCGAAAUUAUUCUGAAUAUGACAGAGCUCCGUGCCGCCAUUAUUACUGAUAUUAUACAGCUUAUUACAUGGGAAAGGAACAGAACUUCUUUUGAGCAACAACAGGAGCAAUCGCCGAAUGAGGAACAGAAGGCAGAAUUACGAAAGCUGAUUCGAGCCAUCAUUCUCAUGUUUAUUGAAUUGGAUUACUAUUCGUCUGAUUUCGAACCAUGCUUCAUCAAGAGUACUGUUUCUUAUUAUCGAGGAGAAGCCAAUCGAUUGAUACAUCAGCAGGGCGUAAACAUAUCUGAUUAUCUUCAGCACUGUCAGCGACGAUAUGAAGAAGAAACGAAAGACCGUCUCACGUCGUAUUUAGAUUCGCAUACAAAACAAGCCCUUCAGAAUGCCGUCAAGGACGAGCUAGUCUGCAGCAACAUACACUUCAUUCUCGAUAAUGGGUUCGAAGCUAUGAUGAAAGAAACUCAGUUAUCACCUUUGAAGACACUGUAUGAUUUGGUAGCUGAACAAAGCACAAAGUUACAACUUCUUCGACAAGCCUUUGGAUCCUAUAUUAAAAAACAUGGUUCAAUGAUACUGUCCAAUGUAGCCACUCCCGAUGGUGGUAAUAUGAUUGUAUCACUUAUCAAAUUUUUGAAAAGGGUCAACAGAGUUUUGCACAAGAGUUUUAUGAAUGACGCGACAUUCUUGAACGUAACCAAGGAAAGUUUUGAAGCAUUUAUUAAUCAAAGAGGCAGUAAACCAGCUGAAUUAUUAGCAAGAUUUGUAGAUAGCAGGCUUAAAAUGUCUGCAAGCAAGAAAAUGAAAGAAUCAGAGACCAAUCAAACCAACGUUUUGGACUUGUCAUUAUCCUUAUUUCGUUACAUUCAAGCCAAAGAUAUGUUUGAACAAUUCUAUAAACGAGCAUUAUCAAAACGAUUACUGUUGGAUCGUUCUACUUCACAUGAAAUGGAAAAGUACGUCGUGGAAAAAUUGAAAUUGGAAUGCGGUUAUGAAUUCACAAAGGACAUGGAAAAAAUGUUUCAAGAUAUCCAAGUAUCUGUUGAUUUACAACGUGAAUUCAAUGAACAGGAGAAAGCAAAAGUAGCGAAAAAGCAGCAGCAGCAGCAGCGUUUGAAUAUGAUUGUUAAGGUAGUCAAUACUUCUGUUUGGCCAACGUAUCCAAACUCCCCUAUCACUUUGCCCAUUCAUAUGGCCGAAAUGCAAAGAUCGUAUGAAAAGUUCUAUAACAAAAAGUUCAAAGAAAGGAAACUGACUUGGCAGAAUUCGUUAUCGUCCUGUUCACUGUAUGCUAAUUUUCCUAAAGGAACAAAAGAAAUACUUUGCAAUUUGUCGCAAGCUGUUAUUCUUAUGAUAUUCAACGAUACCAAAAAACAGUCGUUUACAUUUUCAGAAAUACAAGCCAUUUGCGGUCUCGAGAAAAAGGAGUUAUUAAGCUUAUUGAAAUCCAUAUCGUCUAAUGAUUACGAAUUUAUCAAGUUUGAACCUUUGCGACCGCAGGGCGGCAAAUCAAACACCAUUACUUCCAAUGACAAAUUCAAAUUUAAUGUAAACUUUGAGUCCACCUCGGUGAGAAUGAGGUUACCAGCACCUACUAUUGACCCUACAGCAGACAAGGCAAAGGAUGUUGAGCAAAAGGUGCAUGUAAAUCGUCAGCAUCAGGUGGAAGCUGCCAUUGUACGUCUAAUGAAGAAAAAUAAGCAGAUGACGCAUAACCAACUGAUGGAUCAGUUAUUAGAAGAACAAAUUUUCCGAUCCAUUGAGGUAAAUAUUCAUGAUAUUAAGAAGAGAAUUGAAUCCUUGAUCGACAGGGACUAUAUGAUUCGUGAUGUUAACGACAGCUCAUUCUCAAAAUUGCUGAAAGAAUUUUGCACUACUUGGACAAAAGCUAAUUACUGGGAUGAAUUUGAAGUCUGGCCAUUCAUCGCGACAGAUCUAUCAGCUUGUCUACCUCUUCGCAAUUUAAAAUGGCAGCCGUCCAGUCAACGAUCAGACUGUAUCAUCCCUUUACUGGAAGUAGAUUUGAAACGUUUUACCUUUGACCCUGUACCGCCUUUACUUUCUUCAACUCAAACAACAUACUUGAAUCUUUAUUUUGUAUCUUGCGAGGAUAACGAAGUAUAUAAAACCCGUGUGAGAAAAAGUAUACGGCAGUGGCUCGACCUGAUUCAGACAAAAAAGAAAAACCAAGAAUGGUUGAUUGUCUACGUGGCAGAUACAGACAAAGGCAAAAGAUCCAAUAAUUAUUAUUCGUUAGGUCUAAAGUCGUCUGUUUACGAUAAGAUCAGAACAGACUUUAACCCUUCAAAGCAGGAUCGUUUUGAUAUGCAAGUAUUACAACUUCAAGAAGAUACGCGACGACUAGACAUGCAAAGACAUAUGCCAGGAUGGAAUUAUUGCACUUUUUUUAUUCUAAAAGAAGGAUUGGCACAGGCAUAUGAAAUAAUGACAUUAUAUGAGGAUGCAUUGAUACAAUAUGACGAGUUGGAGGCCUCCUUUUUCCAAGUUUUAAGAGAUAAAGCUCUGGCUUGGUUUGGUCAUUUUGGGGGUACUGAUCCUGGAGAUGACAGUGGCAAUAUUUUGGAUUUUAGACGGAAAGAUUAUCGAAGUCUGAUCAACAAAAACAGUAUCUCCGUAUUUGAUUUUCGAAGCUAUUUAUUCGCGCGACAAUGCCGUAUGUUAUUAAAAUUGCAGAGAGUUGUGGAAGUGACAGCAAGGGCACAACUCUUUAUUACCAGUUUUAUACCAUCAAUUCGAGAAAAUGAGGAUCAGUUACCAGCCAAUUUUGUGGAAUCAUGGUUGGACAAGAUCGGUAUACGGUGUGGACAUUUACCGAUGACUGAGCCCUUUUCAGUAUAUAUGAACUUUAGCAAUACUGAUGCAAAAAACACUGCUGCUGCUGCUGCCCAAAGAAAUGCGGAAAUAAAGGAGACAAUUACAAAUGCUAAACUCUUGGAAGCAAUCAAUUCAAUUGAGGCAUUCGAUAAAACUUACAUGGGAUUGAGUACGAGAGCUAUCAAAAGUUAUGAUGCUAGUUUCAGGUCGAAAGCCGCCUUAAAUGUUCAUGGCGAUAUCGCUGCAUUAAAAUAUACUAGAGGAAAGUAUGAAGAAGCAGUGAGAAUUUAUGAAUCUAUGAUAUGGAGAUAUGGUGAACAAGAUUGGUGUUCCAUCGAAAAUAGUCUACUUACCAAAUGCGCGGAUUCUCAGAAAAAACUAGGGAGAAUAGAUCAAUACGUAGAGUCCCUGUUAGCAUUACUGAAGAACGCAAGGUUUCUAAAAGAAGAGGAUGCCGCUCACUACACUGAUGAGAUGAUUAACAAUAUUGUAAAGCUGGAUAAAGAAAUCAAAAGACCAUUUGAGCCUGUCUUUUCCGUAUCAGUUGUUACUGUAAUUGAUGAUACUACUACUGUUGAUAGCGCAAGUGUAGAAUUAUGCAUUAACAACCAUCUACCAAAGAAAAUACACUUUGACACCAUUAAUUUGAAGCUGGUUGGUAGUGAUCCUGAGCAAAUAUGGUUCACUGUUAGCGAUCAGGACCUUUCACCGGGCAAAAAUAUCUUUUUAUUUACAAGCGAAACUUCUACUGCAGGCAACUAUGUGGCAGAAACGUGCCAAUUGAGGUUUAAUAAGCUAGUGUUCAGUCAUAACUUUUUACGCCCUGGUGAAAAAAAAAGUGUACUCCGACUAAAUCAUGAUGCAAAACAGCUUUAUGCUAGCAUCUCACAGCCUGAUGAAAUUUUCGUGGGUGAAACACAAAGAUUUUCUGUUAAAGUCGAAAGUCGCGAGAAUGCCAUGAAAUCAGGCAUUUUAAUUUUAGAGUCUCAAACAGAGAGUAUGAAUAUAUACCCAACAUCAACUAUACCAGCUAUAAUAUCUCGUCAGGACAAAAGAGAGCCUGAGUCAAUAGAAUUGAAUAUGCUGGCAACAGGCGAGAUAUCACUUCCGGAUAUGGAGCCGAACGAGCAUUUAGAACUGUUUGUUUUGUACAAUGGAGCUUUUGCAGAAUUUGAUUAUCGAGUAAGCAAAGACAUAUUGAUCAAAAUCACCAUAAACUAUCGUACAACAAAUAAUACAAGCCGAAGAUUCAUAUCUUCGAAUGAAGUUAAGGUUACUGUCCCAUUAUUGGUGACAGAGUCGACAAUAUUUAGAGAAAGUUGUGUCUUCUUAAAGGUAGAAUUGUCGUGUAACGGUGAACUACCUGUUCGUAUUCUCGGAUCAAAUGCUAGCCCUUCAACACAUUAUAUCAUUGAAGAUCAGUCAGGAAUGAAGGAUUGCGAUUUGACACUUUUCCCCAAGCAAACCAUCUCUUUCGUUUACAAAUUAAACAAGAGAGAAUUGAAAGACAGGAGCGACGAUGAUGAAGCAAAUUCAAAAGUACACUUUAAUGUCAAAUACUGCUCCUUGAAAGAUGAAUAUAAACUGGAGCAGCAUCUUCCAUUCGUCUUCCACAAAAUAAGAGAUGCUUUCUUAAGCUCUGUUGAUUACAUUAGUUAUGGUUUAACAGAUGUAGUUCACUUAGACGAUUUUGACGCUGAACUAUGCGAGACAUUCUUACUACAUAGAGAUCUGAAAACAAAAGUACAGUUGCUAGAUUUGAUAGAAGAAUUUUUCGAGAUGAACGAAGCAAUUACUAUGCGGCAAGUCAAAAGUAAAUGCCAGAAACCUGUAGUACAUUCAAUAUCAUUCCCACUUGAAGUGCCAACGUCAAAGAUAACGCAUACCGCUGAACUUAUACUUUCUGUUGAAAAAGAUCUCGUAGUCUCUGAAGCUUGCCCUUGCAUAUUACGUAUCAAGCAAUUGACUUAUUGGAAUCCGGAUAUAAUCAAAGCCGAGGGUGAAUUCUACUACGAGGUAGAUGUAGACUACGACAAUUGGUUAUUAUUUGGUAAACGUCGCCUUCGCUUCCUCUCUAAACCAGAUCAAGAAGUUGAGUUCUCAUUCAGUCUUGUGCCAUUGAAGACUGGCAAUUUAUUGUUACCCCCUGUACGUGUCUCUGCUGUUUUACCGGAUGUUUUCGCUUCUACUGUUUAUGUAAACAGUGCACAACAAAUUCUGGUUAAACCAAAAUCAAGGACAGCAACAUUCUUUGUUGAGCAACAGCAAAGAUUUAUACAACAGCAGGUGGCGGCUCCCGUGAUAACAACAGCAGGUGGCAGGGUACUUCCUCUAUAA